CACAUUUUGAAUUCAUAUUUGAUUGGAAAUGUAUGAUAGUCAACGAAAUGUGGACACUACACAUUUUCUCCAAGGUUUAAAACCUCAUGAAGGACUAUUCAUGUCGCUGCUCUCCACAAAAAAAAGGAUAUCAUUUACGAGGAGGUCCUUCAUGAUAUCAUCGUUCUCACGAGAGUUCAUUCGAGGCUUGGCAGUCAGACAUAUUUCAUAAAAAUCUCUGCCAUUACCAGCAGCAUUCUCAAACGCUUUCUUAAAACCAACAUUUAUUUUCGUCACGAGAAAAAUACAACGAAUAUCACUUUGAAGGUUUAAUACGGAUUAUGUUCAAUGGCUCGUCUAAUUCAUCAGUAUUCCUGCACAGGGUACGUUUUCAUAUUUCUCUUUCUUUCUGCCAUAAUGCACACGGUGUCCCCCGUGACCCAUUAUUCUGUUCCCGAAGAAAUGGAAGAAGGCUCAGUCGUUGCUAAUUUAGCAACUGAUCUGGGAUUAGACGUGACGACUCUGAAUAAAAGAAAAAUGCGCGUAGACGUGGCAGGCAAUAAAAAGUAUAUCAACAUCAACAAAGACACAGGAGAGCUGUUCAUGCAGGAAAGGAUCGACAGAGAGCUUUUAUGCCCCUCGAAGACAACUACAUCGUGCUUUCUCAGAUUAGACGCUACGAUUGAAAACCCGAUACGAAUGUUUAACAUUGAGGUGGAAAUCACCGACAUUAACGACAACGCUCCUCAUUUCCGACGGGGAACGAUGCAUUUGGACAUAUCUGAAUCAAGCCCUGUUGGAGAUAGAUUCUCAUUGAACAAUGCUGCAGACCCGGAUGUUGGAACAAAUUCUGUGAACAAUUACCAUCUGAGCUCAAGUGAACAUUUCUCCAUCGAAAUUCAGACCGGGAGAGACGGGACAAAGUUUGCGGAUUUGAUUUUGAAAAAAGCAUUAGAUAGAGAGCAGCAGGCUGUUCAUAAUCUUAUUCUCACUGCUGUGGACGGUGGAGUGCCCACGCGCACAGGUACAGCCAGCAUCAUUGUUCGCGUGCUUGAUGUGAACGACAACGCCCCGUCAUUUGAUAAAGACAAAUACAUCAUAGAUGUGAUGGAAAACUCCCCCAUUGGCAGUCUAGUAAUACAAUUAAAAGCUACCGAUUUAGACGAAGGGUCAAAUUCUGAUAUUAUUUAUUCAUAUAGUUUAUAUACAUCAGAGAGAACACAACAGGUGUUUAACUUAAAUCCAGAAAAUGGUGAAAUCAGAGUGAAAGAGAUGAUAAAUUACGAAGAUUUUAAACUUUAUGACAUGGAAGUUAUUGCCAGUGAUAAGGGGCCUAACUCCUUAACUGGACAGUGUAAACUGACAAUACAGGUGGCAGACAUGAAUGACAAUCAUCCAGAAAUAUCCAUCAAGUCUUUUCAAAGUCCAAUGAAAGAAAACAUAGAAUUAGACACAGUGAUAGCAGUGGUGAGUGUCAGUGAUAAAGACUCUGGGGACAAUGGAGUGGUUGAUCUUCACAUUCCUGAUAACAUGCCUUUCAAACUGAGGGAGUCCUCUGAUAACUAUUAUGAAUUAGUGGUGUCAGAGCCGUUAGACCGUGAGAGGGUCCCUGAAUAUGACAUCACUUUCACUGUGACAGACAGAGGCUCUCCUCCUUUGUCUGACAAUGAGACCAUGACCUUAGAGCUGCUGGAUGUUAAUGACAAUGUUCCACAGUUCCCUCAGUCAUUCUAUACUAUACGUGUGGAGGAGAAUAACGCUCCUGGAGCCCUGCUCAGUUCCCCAACUGCGUUUGACCCUGACCUCCAUGAAAACCAGUAUCUAGUUUAUUUCAUCCUAGAGAGGGAGAUAGCCAACACCUCCAUGUCCAUGCUGUUCUCCAUCAACCCAGAGAACGGGAAUCUUUACGCACUAAAAACUUUUGACUAUGAGAUCGAGAAGGAGUUUCUCUUCCACAUCGAGGCCAGGGACUCUGGCUCUCCUCCUCUCAGCAGUAACGUGACGGUGCACAUCAUCAUUGUGGACCAGAACGACAACGCUCCGGUUAUUGUGUCUCCGUGGCGCGCACACGGCUCUGUAGUGGAGGAAAAGAUCCCCAGAUCCACCGAUAAAGGCUCUCUGGUUUCUAAAGUGAUAGCCUUGGACACAGACUCGGUGCACAACUCCCGGAUCACCUACCAGUUCCUGCAGGUGACUGACGCCACCUUGUUCAGUCUGGACCAAUACAACGGAGAGAUUCGGACCAUGAGGAUGUUCAGCUACAGAGACCCGCGCCACCAGAGACUGGUUGUCGUUGCCAAGGACAACGGGCAGCCUGCCCUCUCUGCUACAGUCACCAUCAAGCUGUCCACAGUGGAGACUGCCGUGAAGGCCUACUCUGACAUGACCGAGGUGCCUCUAGAAUAUGACAUCUUCUCAGACCUCAACCUGUACCUGGUCAUCGGUCUGGGCUCCGUGUCAUUUCUCCUGCUGAUCACCAUACUGGUCACCAUCGUGAUCAAGUGUCAGAAACCCAAGCCCAACAAAGCGGCUCCUCCCUGCAGGAACAGUGUGAUCAGUGAGGGGAACUCCACCAUCGCAGACUCCACUCUGGUCUCCAACGACGCCUACUGGUACAGUAUGUUUCUAGCAGAGACCAGGAAAGGAAAGAUGGUGGUCAGACAGCCUGUGCCAAAGGGCUCCAGAUACAUCGUGUCCAGUUUACCACGAGGCACUGGACUCACAGACACUAGUGGAUCAGCAGCCUCCACCCUGCAGAAAGGUGCAGUGAUACUGCACGCAACAAUGGGGUCCUUUUUAAAAAUGCAGUCUUGCAGAAGGUACGUGCUGCUUGUUGUUUUUCUUUCUUUCGUUCCUAACAUAUCAACUUCAGUGACUCAUUAUUCAAUACCGGAGGAAAAGAAGGAAGGAUCAGUGGUCGCUAAUAUUGCUACCGAUCUCAGCCUGGAUGUUAAGACACUGAAUCAGAGGAAGAUGCGUCUUGACAUUAUUGCAAAUAAGAAAUAUCUGGAAGUGAACAAAGAGACUGGAGAACUGUAUAUCGUUGAGAAGAUUGACAGAGAAUACAUGUGUCUUGCAAAGUCGUCUUGUUAUCUCAAACUGGAGGUUAUAUUAGAAAAUCCACUACGAAUCUUUAAUAUAGAAGUAGAAAUUCUGGAUGUUAACGACAACGCCCCGCAAUUUCGGAGAGAGGCCAUACAUUUAGACAUUUCUGAAGCAACGCCAAAAGGAGAGAGGUUCUCUCUCAGCAAUGCAGUUGAUCCUGAUGUUGGAAGCAAUUCAGUAAAAACCUACCAUCUUAGCGAAAGUGAACAUUUUAAUAUUGAAGUUCAGACUGGAAGAGAUGGAUCGAAAUUUGCAGAAUUAAUCUUAAAAAAUAGUUUAGACCGAGAGCAGCAGGCUGUGCAUAAUUUAAUUCUCACAGCUGUAGAUGGAGGCACACCUGCACGUUCUGGCACUGCAAGUAUUAUCGUUCAUGUUUCCGACAUGAAUGACAACACUCCUACUUUUGACAAAAUAAAUUACAGCAUCAAAAUAAUGGAAAACUCUCCCAUAGGAAGUCUUGUUGUUCAUCUUAAUGCAACAGACCAAGACGAGGGUUCAAAUUCUGAUAUAACAUACUCCUACAGUUUAUAUACCUCAGAGAAAACCCAGGAAACAUUUAAUCUGAAUCCUUCCUCUGGUGAAAUUACUGUUAAAGGAAUGUUAAAUUAUGAGGACUUCAGGAUUUAUGAUAUGGAAGUUAUAGCAACUGAUAAAGGAGACAAUAGUUUAUCAGGACAAUGCACUGUAAACAUUCUGGUUGAAGACAUGAAUGACAACCACCCAGAAAUAUCUAUUAAAUCAUUUCAGAGUCCAGUCAAUGAAAACAUAGAAUUAGACACAGUGAUAGCAGUGGUGAGUGUCAGUGAUAAAGACUCAGGGGACAAUGGAGUGGUUGAUCUUCACAUUCCUGAUAACAUGCCUUUCAAACUGAGGGAGUCCUCUGAUAACUAUUAUGAAUUAGUGGUGUCAGAGCCGUUAGACCGUGAGAGGGUCCCUGAAUAUGACAUCACUUUCACUGUGACAGACAGAGGCUCUCCUCCUUUAUCUGACAAUGAGACCAUGACGUUAGAGCUGCUGGAUGUUAAUGACAAUGUGCCACAGUUCCCUAAGUCAUUCUAUACUAUACGUGUGGAGGAGAAUAACGCUCCUGGAGCCCUGCUCAGUUCCCCAACUGCGUUUGACCCUGACCUCCAUGAAAACCAGUAUCUAGUUUAUUUCAUCCUAGAGAGGGAGAUAGCCAACACCUCCAUGUCCAUGCUGUUCUCCAUCAACCCAGAGAACGGGAAUCUUUACGCACUAAAAACUUUUGACUAUGAGAUCGAGAAGGAGUUUCUCUUCCACAUCGAGGCCAGAGACUCUGGCUCUCCUCCUCUCAGCAGUAACGUGACGGUGCACAUCAUCAUUGUGGACCAGAACGACAACGCUCCGGUUAUUGUGUCUCCGUGGCGCGCACACGGCUCGGUGGUGGAGGAAAAGAUCCCCAGAUCCACCGAUAAAGGCUCUCUGGUUUCUAAAGUGAUAGCCUUGGACACAGACUCGGUGCACAACUCCCGGAUCACCUACCAGUUCCUGCAGGUCACUGACGCCACCUUGUUCAGUCUGGACCAAUACAACGGAGAGAUCCGGACCAUGAGGAUGUUCAGCUACAGAGACCCGCGCCACCAGAGACUGGUUGUUGUUGCCAAGGACAACGGGCAGCCUGCCCUCUCUGCUACAGUCACCAUCAAGCUGUCCACAGUGGAGACUGCCGUGAAGGCUUACUCUGACAUGACCGAGGUGCCUCUAGAAUAUGACAUCUUCUCAGACCUCAACCUGUACCUGGUCAUCGGUCUGGGCUCCGUGUCAUUUCUCCUGCUGAUCACCAUACUGGUCACCAUCGUAAUCAAGUGUCAGAAACCCAAGCCCAGCAAAGCGGCUCCUCCCUGCAGGAACAGUGUGAUCAGUGAGGGGAACUCCACCAUCGCAGACUCCACUCUGGUCUCCAACGACGCCUACUGGUACAGUAUGUUUCUAGCAGAGACCAGGAAAGGAAAGAUGGUGGUCAGACAGCCUGUGCCAAAGGGCUCCAGAUACAUCGUGUCCAGUUUACCACGAGGCACUGGACUCACAGACACUAGUGGAUCAGCAGCCUCCACUCUGCAGGUAUGGAAACACCUCAAUUAAACAUAGCUAUACAAAAGUAUGGUCUUUUUGCAAACUACAUUAU